UUCCUGUGGGGGCGGUUCCCUAAGCUCUGCUGCAUCGAAGCAGGCAGUGUUGGAUGCUGUGCAGUGCUGGAGGAUCAAUCCAUAGCCAUCCAUUCAGAAGCAGCAAAGAGGCAGUGCUAUUUUUCGUCAGCCUCUGAUUCUGAUUUAAUGAAAGCGGUCCAUCAGAGCCACAGAGCAGCCGGAGUCUUCCUCCUGAUCGAAGGUGGAGUCUACACCUUCAACUUCACUGCUGCCAGAGAUGCCUGUCUGUUUCUUAACACCACCAUCGCAACCAGAGACCAGAUGGAGCGGGCGCUGCAGCACGGACUGGAGACGUGCAAGUUUGGUUGGAUAGCUGAGCAGGUGGCAGUCGUCCCACGCCUCACAGCGGAUGAAAAAUGUGGCCAGGGCAAAACUGGAGUGGUGCGCUGGGCGGCCAGCACAGACAAAACGUUUGGUGUCUUUUGCUUCAAUGCAUCAGAUUUAGCAGAAGCUCUUAACAGAUCAACAUCCAGCCCUCAAAGCUUCACCUCCUUCACCACACAGACUGCAGGGACCCAGACCUCUUCACCUUUAACAACCAAGGCUCUACCUUCAGGGCCGCUGCAGACAACAAAAGCUUCUGAGCCGACAUCUUUUACUUCAGCUCUACAAGUCAAAACCUCACGUCCAUCUACGACCCCCUCUGCUCAGGAGCCUCCUUCUUCUUCAUCUCACCUCAUCACUUCUGAGCCGACAGACGUCAGAGGAGCUUUUACUACUUCUGCUCACGCCUUAUUUACCUCAGAGUCAGAGACACGACCACCUGUGAUCUCUGGAAAACCUUCUCUGGGGGAUGUACCCACAGCGCUCAUCAUCCUUGGCGUCAUUGUCCUGCUUUUAACGGCAGCCGGCUUUGUGUGGUACUUCAAACCGAACAUUUUCACCUUUUGGGCUCAGGCGCAGCAGAAAGAAGACAUGGAGACAGAAAUGUGGAAACAUACUGACAGUGAGAUGGACCUGCACAGUCAACAUGAUGGAGGAGAAGAAGAAUCAGACAGGAAGUACUCCAGUGACAUUACACUGUGUGUGAAUCCAGACAUCAAAGUGAACUCUUCAGAGUAGCUUCAUUACUGUUCUCUGGAUUUUAUUCUCUUUUUAUGACAGCAGUGGGUUGAAUGGAUUAAUGUUUGGUCAUGUAAGGUUAAUGGUCAACUUUAUAAAAGAUGGAAUUGUUAUAUUGUAAAUACACUAUCACAUUUUGUAUUGUUUAUAUUGUUAUGUGUUGAAAACAGAAAUUCCCCUUGCAUUUGUGACAGCAUAUAGUUUCUCUCAUUGUUCAUUUUUUUUAUGAUUUUGGAAUAAACGUAAUUUUUCAUUUUUA